AUGGCUCCCGGAGCGACGGAGCCCCGCCUUACAGUUUAUAGCCAGCAGGUGUCAGCAGUGCGCGAGGAGAGCCUGACCCCGUAGAGGAAGCGCGUGCCUCGCUCUUUGGCCGAUUCGAGCGCGAGGUUUAAAAAUCACUUCCGGCUUUGUUCCGCUUCGGCCGAAAACAAAUCGGGCAUGGACGAAAAAGAAAACAGACAGUCGGGCGGGGUGCGGACGCCCUCCAGCCCCGCCCUGGUGCAGAGGAGGAGUAAGAGUAAGAGCUACCGUCAGUCGUACAGGAGCUGUUUGGGAGCCGCGUCUCGUCUCUGCUUCACUCCGGGACUCACGGCCCGACGACUCAACAUGAGCAGGAGACCGCCCAGACCGCACAAUAUCAAAGAGCAUCUGGACCCGGCUCUCGUCUCUCUCCUCACAAAGACGGAGUGGCAGUUGUGGUACGCGACUCCCCUGUUCCAGUUCAGACACACGAGGCUGAAGAGCUACUCGCGGCAGCUCUCCGCGUUCAUCGCCGCCGAACGACAGCAGGGCGUCGCCGUGGAGACGGAGGGGGGUCACGGGGUCAGGGUGAGCUUCAGUCUGGUGCAGGGGCUGGUGGAGAGCGAGGACGACACAGAGGCCGUGCUCAUACAGAUCUCAUCCAGGCCGAUGUUCAGCCGCCCGGACGACCCAGAGAAAACGGUCUGGAGCGGCUGGUUUUCCUGUGUCCAUGGUAACGCCGAGUACCUCAGCUCUCUGCCCCGGGACUUCGUGUGUCUCCCGCUCUUCUGCUCCAGCGGGCCCGAAAGCAUCACCGGCAUCGUCAAAAGCUGGUUCAGGCGAUUCUUUGACUGCUCGUUCGGAUCCCUGGAGCUGAAUCACACGACCCUGCAGUGGCUGGCGACGCUCUGGACCAACUGCCACCAAGAAACGGACUUGCAGAACCUCAAAAUGCUGUGGACGAUUCCCGUGGCGCCGCCCAUGCAGAUUACGUACACCGUGAAUUCACAGGACGCGUGGAAUUUGUGGAGCAGCGUGAGGAAGGGUCCGGGGAAGGAGGCGGCGGCGGAGGAGGAGGAGGUCAUAGACUUUGAGGAGGUGGAGGAGUUUAUACGGGAGUUAAAAAAUCAUUUCUACAGACAUUUUAGGUUGGAUCUGUCGGCAGGAAAUCUGAGCCAAGUGGGGACAGCGCUGGGGUCGGCCAGAAGCAACGGGAGAAUAAAGAUUUCCAACAGCAGAUACAUGAUCACCACCCUGUCCCUCCUCACUGAAUGUGCUCUUCUCAAAAUGCCCAUCUGAACGAACAUAUAUUUUAAAAUUCCUUGGUCUUUUUUUAUAUCUUAAAGCUUAAAUCAUCCCGUUAACAGCAGCUUCAUAUUCUCAUUUAAACAUUAUGGCAGCAUGUAGUUUGGACUGGCAUCGCUUUGGGUCUUUUUCUUGUAAAUAUAUCUGUAUUUUUCAUCUGUUUUAUAGUUGUAAAUAAAAUAAUUUCUUACCUAUCAGUUGUUAAAACACUGUCAUUGUCUUAUUUUUAUAAUGGAGCAUUCUGUGCCACAUAUUC